AUGAAGCCUUUUGGUACUGAACUGGUUAUUGGCUUAUUGGCCAUAGGUCUCAACUAUGGUGCUACAUUCAAACUUCCUGCUACCUCUUUAUUGAAAGAUCCUGUUCAAACUUUAUCCACUACAGUGCCCGUACUUUUUGUUGGACAUAUAUUACUCGUUUUAUUUGCUCACAUAUUACGAGGAACUACAAACAAAGCGUUGAAAUCAGUUGGAUACAGUAUACUAGCCACAGCUACAGCAACUGGUGUAUUGCAUGUUUUAACAGUAUUGUUUGGUGCACCCUUGAUAGAGAAGAUACCAAAUACCUUUUUAUUUGCAGCAUAUCUUUCCAUUCUAACCGUUAUGCCAUGCUAUGAGUCCUUUCAGGAGACAGCCUGGAUUAAGGUCUUUUUACAGCACAGUCCAACCACCACAUCCGAGAUUUAUGCAUAUGCUCAAGCUAUUUGCGCACUUUCAGGUGCAUGGAUCGGCGCCAUUGUUUUACCUUUGGAUUGGGAUAGAGAAUGGCAAGCAUGGCCAAUUUCAUGCGUUAUUUCAACUUAUGUGGGUCAUUCAGUCGGUGUUUUAGCUGCGUUUGUUUGGGCAUCACUAAAGCUGAUGUUUGGUAAAAAGAAGAGCGAAUAA